CGUCCGCCUCGUCCAUCUUGAAGAACGCGUGUUAAGCCGCGCCAGAACGCGCCACCGAGCGAAGCGCCACGCCGUGCCUCGUUCUCAAAGGUCCCUCGUGACGCAAUAGGAACUCGUCCUUUCCGUCGCGCUACCGUGAGUGGAACAUGUCGUAUACGUCCGAACGAAGAAACGACGAUCAAUGGUCGGGUGACUCUAGAAAUGGACCGAAUGAAAGCGAACAGCCCGUCUACGAUGGCCCACCAGGAAUGGACCCCGAUGGCAUCAUCGAGUCCAACUGGGAAGAGGUCGUGGAUAAUUUUGAUGAUAUGAACUUGAAAGAAGAAUUACUGCGUGGUAUUUAUGCUUAUGGUUUUGAAAAGCCAUCCGCUAUCCAGCAGCGAGCGAUCCUACCGUGUGUUAAAGGACUCGACGUUAUCGCUCAAGCUCAAUCAGGAACUGGCAAAACAGCCACCUUCUCAAUUUCAAUCCUGCAGCAAAUCGAUACUAGCGUCAAUGAAUGUCAAGCUUUGAUUCUUGCUCCUACUCGUGAGCUGGCUCAACAGAUCCAGAAGGUGGUGAUUGCGCUCGGUGAUUUCAUGCAUGCACAAUGUCACGCAUGUAUCGGCGGUACCAACGUGAGAGAAGAUAUAAGGAAGUUGGAUCAAGGCGUUCACGUCGUAGUGGGGACUCCAGGUCGAGUCUACGAUAUGAUCAGUCGCCGAGCAUUGCGAGCUAAUAGCAUCAAGCUGUUUGUCCUCGACGAAGCCGAUGAGAUGCUUUCUCGUGGUUUUAAAGAUCAGAUUCACGAUGUAUUCAAAUUGUUGCCCCAUGAAGUCCAGGUCAUUCUUCUGUCCGCCACAAUGCCCUCGGACGUCUUGGACGUAUCCAAGUGCUUUAUGCGCAAUCCCAUCCGCAUUUUGGUAAAGAAGGAAGAGCUAACAUUGGAAGGUAUUAAACAGUUCUUCGUCUACGUUGAACGCGAAGAGUGGAAGUUGGAGACCUUGUGUGAUUUGUACGAUACGCUGAGUAUCACGCAAGCCGUGAUCUUCUGCAAUACGCGCCGUAAGGUCGAUUGGUUGACGGAGAACAUGCACAGCCGUGACUUUACGGUUUCCGCGAUGCACGGCGAAAUGGAUCAAAGAGAACGUGACCUCAUUAUGAGACAAUUCCGUACCGGAUCCUCGAGAGUCCUCAUAACCACUGAUUUGCUCGCUCGCGGUAUCGACGUGCAACAAGUAUCUCUCGUCAUCAACUACGACCUGCCGUCCAAUCGGGAGAAUUACAUUCACAGAAUCGGUCGCGGUGGUCGUUUCGGUCGUAAAGGAGUGGCGAUUAACUUUGUGACGUUGGAUGAUAAACGUAUCUUGAAGGAUAUCGAGCAAUUUUACAACACCCGUAUCGAAGAAAUGCCAAUGAAUGUCGCAGAUUUGAUCUAAGUCCGACUGUUGGCUAUAUUUCAUUAGAAUAAAAAAAAAGAAUAAAAAGCAUUUUUGGACAGUCCAGAAGUGAGGGAGAUAUAUUUGGAAAUAAAGAGUAAAUUUCCUUAUUUAAACGAUAUUUUCGUAAAUCGAUCACCCUCUAUUCCUCGCUCAUUGGGCGUACUUAUGGUGUAGAAGUCAUCUUAUUUAUGUGCUCUGUAUGAUAAUUAAUUUUAACAAAAUUGUAGGAACGACCUAUUUCACUCAGUUAUUUUAUACUUUGUCAAUAAAACAUUGUGCAAGUAUGUAGUUGCUUUGCCCGUGCAUUCUGUUUCUUUCAAUGCGCGAAACGGAUAAUUAGUAGUUUAGCGGUUGUAAUCACGGGUGCUCUGCUUAAACAUGAAUGUUCGAUUGCAGGCACAUGCAUGUACAAGGUGUAAAUUUAAGUCAGCAGCUGACGUUCUAUCAGGGUGCGAUUUAUUCGUGUCAACAACUUGGUAGGGUUCACAAGUAGAGAAUCUAAUUACGUCAAUUUUGCACACACGCAAUUAUUCUUUCCAUUAUUUCUUUAAGUUUUAUCUACCUCUGUUAAUGUCCUGUAAUGUAUGUAUAUCGAACAUAUGUCGAACAAUUUAUCAAUAGUGUUUUAUAAAUAAGUUACAUUUUAAAUACAACGUAGAGGUCAUGUGUAAUUAGUGUUUAGGGCAAAAUCGUGUAAUCACAUGUUGUGCGUGUUAUUUCAUUUCAAAAUAAGUAUUACAAUUCCUGGGUCACUUAAAA